AGCGGCCACGCCCUCCCGUGACGUCACAGUUUCCCCGAAAAACAGGCGGAAUGGCGGCUUCGGGAGCUGUGGAUGCUAAUUUCCUGCAACAAGGUUGUAGGAGCCAGCUGCCCCCUUGCUCGCUGACCGUCGAGGAUCUCUCUGCUUAUCCUGGCUUGGCUAACCUCCUUACGGAUCUGAAAAAACACAUCGAUCCUUCGGGGAUGAGCAUCGCUUUGGCCCAGCCGUUGGAAGAGGCAAGGAAAGAACUGGAGAUGCACCGGGCCAACUGGUUAAAGUGGGAAGCCCUCCACCGGCUUUUGCAGGAAGCUUUGCUGGAACUGGGAGCCGAUCCUGCCCCCCAGGAGAAAAAAUUCCUGGAAACCCUGGAACAGCAACUGCUGGUAGCGGAGUUGAAACGGAUGCUUGAUCUGGAUUCUUGCCUGCCAAACGCCCGUCCGUCUGUCUUAGGCCUGCAGCCGGGUCAUUUAACGGAGUAUCUCCCUGCUCACCAAGACCUGGAACAAGUGCACAAACAUCUCCCAGCCAAGGUAGAGAAGCUUCUGAAGGCCAAAUGUUUGGAUGUUCUCGGUUACUAUCGUCCGGAAAGUGAUAACGUGGGAGCCGCAGCCCAGACGAUUAUGCUGGGCGCCCUGGCCGAGAGCCUCGCCACAGAGAAGCAGCAUUUGAAGGAGGCCAGAACUGACCACCAAGAACUGACCGGAUGUCUGGAACAGCAAAAAGCCGUUUAUCCCCAGGUCCUGUUGCGUUGUUUAGGCCUAUUGAAACGCUUUGCUCGUGAGUUUCGCCUCGGGGUCCAAUCCGAACUGGACCAGCUCAACACCCUGUAUCUGGAGAUUAAAUGCAGCGCUAUGCUUCUCAAGAUACGGUUUGAGGAAGUGAAGAUCCUGUUGGACACUUACACACCUGAGGUGGUGAACGUGCAUCGGAUAAUGAGGGACAAACUGCAGGCCAGCCUGAGCCAAGAAGAACUAGACCUGGCCACUUCGCGUGAUAUCCUUUCGAAUUACGAGAUCCUCGGGCCGGAAUUUGAGGAGUUAGUCAAAGAAUACACGCAGCUGCAAGAAAUCAUUCAGAACCGCCGGUGGGUGCUGACCAAGUUCAGCGAAGACUGAGGAGGCGGUGAGGACGGCCACAUGAUUUGCAGAAAAUUGAAAAACAGCGCACAAUAAAUAUCGCAGA